UUUUGACACUUGUCAAUAAAAACAUCUUAAACGUGAAUUCAACUUGAAAUAGUUCGAAAUGGACGGGUUAAGAUUGAUUAGUUAAGUGUUUAGCAAAAAUUUUAGCGUAGGGAAGAUUACGACAUAAUUCGCGAUCUUUGCAAUGGUGAAAACCCGACGUAGCAACGGUGAGAAUGGGGAGGUUGACGAAGGAAAUUAUUCAAUAAACGAUGUUGGAAGCAUCUCUGAUGAGAAGGCAUCAAAUUGGUCCCAACGAGAGUUAAGAAGUAGUCAAUAUAAAGUUGCGAGAAAAAUCCAACGCUGGCCGACAAGAUACAGCCGCAGUAGACUCCGCGCUAUAAAAAUGCCGAGAAUUAUGUUUCCUGAAAGUGACACCGAACCGGAAAAAUAUUCAAGGAGAUCCCGGCAAGUUAGAGUUUUCUUUGCUGAUGAUAAUGAUGCUAGUAACAGGAGCAUGAAGAUACGUCGCAAUCGUGGACCCAGGAAGAACUACAUGGAAGACAGUGAAGAUAAGCCAAUACAACAAAAUGUGCGGCGUAGUUGCCGGAAGCGGAAGUUGCUCCAUCACAAUUUUAAUGAAAGCUGGAUUACUAAUGAGCUGAAAGUCAAAGGAUAUCCUGACUUGUAUGGAUUUAAUGGCACCAGUUCCUCUGACGAAUUCUCCUCUGGUGAUGAAGCGAGGGAAUCUAAGAAAUUGACUCGUAGUCACCCGCCUACAAACACCGAUGAAGACACUCAGCUGUCCAGGCAAAGAAGAACUUCAGCUAGAUUCACUAAUAAUAAAAAGGAUGUGACAGAUUCGGAUUCAGACAAUGAAAACAAUCAAACGGUCAUCGAAAAGAAGCCAGUGGAAGCCAAGCAGGAGAGUGACAAGAACGAAACAGAAGAUAAACAGAAGACAGAGAGAGAAGAAAAGGCUGAGGUCAAAGAGGAACAAGAUAGCAACAGUAACCAAGGUCCAGCUCGUUCAACCCGGGGGAGAGGUCGGAGAGGUCAAAAGAAAGACAGCCACCAGGAAACAGCGUCUUCAUCGUCCGAGUCCAGCGCGCCGCGAGCUCGCCGGCCGCGACGAUCCGAGAGGGCUCGAGCACCGCCGGCCUUCGUGCAGCUGGCUGACCGGGAGACGAGGACCCGAGGUAAAUCCUUUGCUCUGAGAAAGAAGCCAUACAGCCUAAGGGAGAGAAAACCGAAAUUACUUCGUAGAAAAACGAUUAGAUCUCAAUCACCGUCCAGCAGCAGCAGCAGCAGCAGCACCAGCAGCUCCGAUACUGAGGAGGAUUUGAAUGUAUCGAUGAAAAAUAAAACCAAGGGCAGGCAAAAAUCCAAGUGCAUAGAUGACAAAAAGACUGACAGGGCGCUGAGGGACAUACAGCCCAUUGAAGUGGACGGCAGUGUGAGGUUCUCAUCAGUCGGCGGUUUGGAGGAGCAUAUAAAGUGUCUGCGAGAAAUGGUUCUCUUCCCGCUCAUGUAUCCGAGUUUGUUCGAAAAGUUUAAGACUCGACCCGCCAAGGGUGUUCUGUUCCACGGCCCGCCCGGGACUGGCAAGACCCUGCUGGCACGAGCGUUAGCCAACGAGUGCAGUUUGAUCGGCGGACGGAAGGUCGCCUUCUUCAUGAGGAAGGGGGCUGACUGCUUAAAGAAAUGGGUGGGGGAGAGCGAACGGCAUCUGAAGUUGCUGUUCCAACAGGCUAACAAAAUGAAACCAUCGAUAAUAUUCUUUGACGAGAUCGACGCCCUGGCUCCCGUCCGUAGCGUGAGGCAGGAGCAGGUUCACACUAGCGUCGUGGGGACCCUGCUGGCAGAAAUGGACGGGGUCUGUGACAGAGGUGAAGUAGUUGUUAUCGGCGCAACGAAUCGUCUGGACGCCGUGGACCCCGCACUGAGACGCGCCGGCCGGUUCGACCGCGAGCUGCACUUCCCCCCACCACACGCGGCCGCGCGCCGCGAGAUACUAGAGAUAUACACCCGCGACUGGAGCCCGCCCCCCUCCACAGACACCAUACUGCGGAUAGCCGACAUCACUAACGGCUAUGGAGGAUCGGAUCUGAAGGCUUUGUGUUCUGAAGCGGUACUGAAAGCGCUCAGAAGAGUUUAUCCACAAGUGUACGAUAGUGAAUACGCGCUAGUUAUAGAUCCUAAAAACGUAGAGGUCACGGAAGGCGAUCUGGAGUCAGCGAUGGCUGGUCUGGUGGCGGCGGGCGCUCGGAGUAGUCCCGCCCCGGCGCGGCGACUACCCUCAUAUUGCGAGCCGCUGUUCCAGGCGCAACUUAGGGCUGCGUUAUCCCUUCUCAAACAACCUUUCAUUAAAGGCACUGGAAAAAAAUCAGAUAUGCCGAUGUCAUCUAACGUGUUACUAUUGGAGGGCGAAUGUUCUGACACCCAUCUCGCGCCCGCGGUGUUAGCCCACUUCGAACAGUGUACCGUUCGCGAGCUCAGUGCGACUUUGCACUCGGCGCUGGCGUACACUCAAGAACAAGCGCUUAUAUCGCUGUUCUCGGAGUGUCGUCGCGCCGAGGGCGGGUGUGUGUUGGUAGUUCGUGAGGCGGACGCGGUGUGCGGCGCGCUGGGCGGGCCGGGGCUGCUGUUACAGCUGUGGCGCUCCCGGGCCGCGGGGGAGCGGACUUUACUCCUCGCUACCUCGCCACAUAGACCGCUAGCUGAUGAUCUCAAAGAAUUGUUCCCAGCAUACAAAGACUGCACUUACAGAGUCCGUGAUCCCACUAUAUCUGAAGUGAUAAACUUCUUGAAGCCGAUAUUGACGGAAGUACCUCUAGAAGAACCCGUUAUACAGAACAACGAGCCGCCGCCCCCUCUACCACGAGCCCCUCCCCCUCCCCCGCCGAGAGAGAGCGAAGAAGAUAUAGCGAGGCGAAAAAGGAAAGAAGAUUACAAGCUGAGAGAAUUGAGGAUAUUUUUACGAGAUAUUUGCAGGAAGUUAGCUUCUAACAGGCGCUUUUAUAAGUUCACCAAACCUGUCGAUCUGGAGGAGGUCACAGACUAUCUAGACAUUAUAAAGCAGCCGAUGGAUCUGGAGACCAUAAUGACGAAGGUGGACAUGCACAAGUACAACUGUGCGCAGGAGUUCCUAGAUGACGUGGACUUGAUAUGCGCCAACGCCCUCGAGUAUAACCCGGACAGGACGUCGUCGGACAAGCAGAUCCGUCAUGAAGCGUGUUCCCUGAGAGAUCACGCGCACGCGCUCAUCGACGUGGAGAUGGACAGCGACUUCGAGCUGGAGUGUCAGGACAUCGCCCGGAGACGCCGCGAGGAGGGCGCCGCCGACAACGACCUGCCCGACUUCAUAUACACAGCAUCCAACUUGCCGGACGGUCUAGAUAAUUCAACAAAUGAGAAGACGAUCCGGACGCCACAGAACGGUGAGAAGAACGAGACUCACUCCGCGAAACGGAAGAGAAGAAGAAUCAACGCCUGGUCCAAGGGACUGGUUGUGAAGCGACAGAAAACACAGAGGAAUUUUAAGGAUUCAUCACUGGCGGUGACGGACGAGGAGUGUAAGGAAAAUCAGCCAAUAACAUCCACCCCGCUACCUAACGGGUCUUGUAGCUCGGGCUCCGACGACGACGCGCCUCUUAGGCGACCUGCCCCCGACCCGCUCGAGAACAACGACAAAGACUAUCACAACCACGUGCGGGACAGCCCGGCGAAAACGGAGAAGUCACCGACUAAACAGUCACCAAAGAAAAGAAAUUCCGGUCACGAGGCCUCGAGUGGAGAUUCAGAGAAGGUACUGAUAAACAAGACUGAACUAGAUAACCUACUGUAUAAAAACGCAAAGUCCUUAAGGAGCAUCGGCCUCACUGCCUUACUCGAUCUACACGAACAGCUGGCGGCCGUUGUCCACUCAUACAGCGACAAAUAUGAUAGGAACAAACUGCCAAACGAACUGAGCUCCAUCAUAACGAGGUACAUACAGUUGGCGAAGAAGUGAAUCGACAACCGGCCUUGCUGUCAAAAUAACCCUUCAGACCCAUCUGCCAGGUGCGAGUUAAGAUCCGUUAGGAUAUGUCGAUACAAUAGCAGCUGGGUCUAAAAAAGACAAUAGUUUUAUAACUAAUAUUCCUAACUUGAAUUUAUCUAGCCCUCGAACUAUCCAAAGCCGUCCAAAGUUAAAGUAAUUGAUUUUUUUGACAGAAGGCUAGUAAGGUUGGGUUGGGAUUAACGCAUUACUCUUAAAUGCGGGAUGUAAUAUUGUAUUUGAAUUCGAAUGAGAACAGUAUUCGGUGUUUUUGUUUGUGGUGUUCUUAAACCUAAAAAUACUCUUUAAAGUAAAAAUAUCUCGAAAUAAAUUUUAGAUGUUCCCUUUGGUUGUACAUUUUCGAUGUAACUUUUUUUUUUAAUAACCAGUUCUUGAUGUCAAUUGAUUGUAACUGUUUACAAUAACAGCUGAUAGCACUAUCUAGAGUCUAGACCGACAGUCUGGACCCGGUCUGUGAUAGAAGUAGAAUUGUAUAUAUCAUAGUAAAUAAAGUAUCUAAUUUCUCACUCAUAAUCAAUCAUAUUUCAUGUUGGUAACUUCGAUAUUGUAUCUUAUAUGAUUGUAAUAAGGUUUAUAAUAACUGUGGGUUUAAGUCGGGAAUGCGGUUUAGGAAAAUGGGUUCAAAGCAUGUCCGUGGGUUGAGAUAUACAUAAAGGGUUUAAUUAUAUUUAAUGUUUAUGAAAUAGAAAUAAAAUAAUAAUAAUAAUUUUCUCAUCUGGCUUUUAUGUAUAAAAAAUAAAAGUAUAUAAAAAAAAAUACUAAUAAUAAUAAAAAUUAUAUGUAACUUACUGUAAAAGUAAAAAAAAAUAUAUAAUAAUGCUCUCGAUUCUCUAAACUUAUUAAAAACAGGUUGUGAAAACUGAUAUAUAGUAUUGCUUCUAGCGUUACAUUUGUAUAUAUUUUUCAUUUGAUUUUCGUCAAUACAUGUAAAACGUCCACAAUGCAAAUGGCGGGUGUCCAUACAAUAUUUUAUAAAUCCCUUAUAUUCAUAUAAUUUUCAUUGUCUAUUUCAUACUUAACAUAAUAUAACAAGCAUUGCUCAUCACAACAUGCUUAUAAACUAGUUUAUCUAUUUUUUUUUUUAAUAAUUGUAAUGUAUAUUAAAAGCACCUAAAGAAUUUAUUCGAUACUGCCACUAACUUAAUUGUUUCCCAAAAGGCUGAAACAGGAAAUAUUAUUAUGUACUGUAAUCAAAUGAGCUUAUGUAUUCAGUGUGCGGAUAAAAUGAAAAUGUUCAUGCCUAGAAUAAGACUUGUCUUAACAGUUUAAUAAUUUUAUUGAAUUUAACCUAGUAAGCGUUUGUACUACGUAAUUAUUAAACGGACACUAGCGACCUCCUGUGUAUAUAACAUGUACUAAUAAUCUUUCAUUGAUGUUGUUCGAAUAUGUUUAGAUAUAUCUAAUCAUUCCUUUCGAUAUCAAACAGCAGUGGACAUUAUAAUUUGCUUUGUUUUACUGAUAUUUAUUAAACUUUUAACUCUACCUGACAUACAUUUAUUUGUCAUCACAUCAAAAUAUUAUUUUGUGUGAUUUUUCUAUGACUGUAAUAUGUACGGGUUAAAUAAAUUGUACUGACAUAAUGUAAUGUAUGUUUAGAACCAUGAAUACUAUUUAUCAAACGGUAUGUUUUCAUUAAGAGUGGAAAAAAAAUUGAACAAAAUAAUAUUUUUCGAUGACAGUGUAAUGUUCUAAAUUUUUUUGUCCAUGUCAUGCGAGACUGAGACACCAUUAUGUGUCCUCAAUGUUAUUUUUUUUGUGUCUGACAAAUGUUUUAUUCCGCUGUUCCGCUCAUUUUUUGUGGUUCAUACAAAUAUACUAAAAGAAAUAGAGUGAAUGUGACUUGGGACAAUUUGAGAACAUUGUAAUGAAAAUUUUUUUUCAAUGCAUUUGUUGAUAUUUGAUAUAAUUUUUGUGUAAUUUGAAUAUUUCUACAUAUAUAUAUACAAUAUCACUUGUAACACUGUUUGGUAUCGAAAUAAUGAGUUAGGAGUAACUGAUUAAAAGUUUAUUUUGAUUCAAAAUGUAUGCCAAUUGUUUCUCUUCAUAUAUUUUGAUUAUUUAAAUUAAUAGUACUUAAUAACUUUAUAUACAAAGCUAAUGUUCUAUUAUUUUUUAACUCAAUAUUUUUUGGUGUGUCCGAAUAAUUUGUUGUAAAUACAUAUAAUUUAUAUAUUUGCAUGUUUUCGUUAUUGUUUGGUACUUUAUAAAACUGUGUGAUAUGAAAAUACAAAAGCACAUAAAUAAAAUAGUUACCUCAAAAGAAUUACUUCAAAAAACAUGUAGUGAUAAUAUAACUGAUAGUUUUUUAUAAGGAUCCUGCCAUAUCCUGACCGAUGGCGGUUGUUUUUGAUCGAGUGUCGUUCUGUUGUUACCAUUACCCUUUAUACAGUCUACUGGUAUCAUAUCAGUUGUAUCGAUUUAAAUUUACAAUGUAUAGUUAUAAUUGUUGUAACGACUUUGAUAAUCUGAUAAUUGAAUUUUAUUGUACGGUUCAAACGAAUUUUUAGAAUUAAUGUUAUUUAUAAGAGCGUGUGCAGUAUCAAACACUGUUUGUAUAGGAUAAUUCAUUAAAUUAAAUAUUGGUACGUCUUGGCAACUUUCAGCAGUGCUUUUAGUAUUUUAUUUGAGUAUAAUAAAAUUUUUGUUACUAUUUUGUUUUUGAAAAUACCAAAUUGUUUUAUAAAUAAAUUUUCAGUAAAUAUUGUUCAUACAAAAGAAACGAUUAUUGUAGUAAAUUAAAUAUCUCUACUAUGUCACUUAAACUUCAUAAACAUGACGUUACGAAACAUUAAGAAAAAAAUUUGAAUAUGGAAACUUUUAGUUGUAUGGGAAAAAAAAGGUUGCCAUUGGUUUAACUUUUUCAUUAUAGUGUUGCCAAUAAUAAAAUUAAUAACUACAGCCAAUAUAGAAGUAAAUUUGUUUUGGGAGAUGUUAAUCAAAAUAUUUUAAAAAUAAAGUUGGACUGGUUAUAAGAUUAGACAUUGUUGAUCGAAAUCUUAUUGUAUCAUUAUAAAGUUUGUGGUGCAUUUUUGCGUUGAUUUUAAUUGCUUUCUCCAUUAUUAUUUUUUUGUUGUUUAUUAAAAUAUAAUACACUAUGAAAAUUAAGUAAUUGAUGGCAACCGAAAUACGGCUUCAAUAAUAAUUUAUAACAAAUUUAAUUUUCAUUUCAUUAUAAAACUGAUUUUAAAUUAAUUGAUUUCACGCGUAUCUUCGAUGUUUAUUUUGUUUAUUUUUUCUUUGUGUAAGAAAUUUGUUUGUAAUAAAAUUAUUUUAGAGUGGAAUUAGUUUUAGUUAUUAUUGGAUAUUAUCUUUUUUUUAUUUUUUUAAAGGCAUUGAGAUUAAUGGUUUUGUUUUGUAGCUGAAUUGGCCUAAAUAAAAAUGUAUCAUAAUACGAUUGUAUUGAAUAAAUAGUAUAGAAGAUGUAUGUUUGAUACUGCAAGUUAUUGUUAUUCCGAUGAAUCUGCUUGCAUUUGCUCAAUCUGGUGUAACAUUGUGAGCGACCACCGUUAGUGUAUAUUUGUAUUUAUGAAAAUGUAUUUAAUAAAAAUUAAAGGGUAUGCCUUCAUGUGAUAACUGAA